GGCAUACAAAGAUAAAAGAGGGAUACGUUGCUGAUGAAUUUUUCAAUUAUUUGGUUUCCGGUCAUCUCUCAGGGAAUGCACUUAUAGUAUCUUUUGUUAGAUUAAUUCAACAAUGUGGAAGUUUAAAAAGAAUCACGUUUAUUGCGAAAGAUAACAGUUAA